AUGAGGGUAAUUGCAUUGCUCGGACUGGUCGCUACUGCGACUUGCGAAUUCACAUGUAUCAAGCCUGUCAACCCGAUCCAUGCAGGACCUCCUGGUCUAUGCUGCCAAAAGCUGAAUGAGUAUCCUGUGCUAUCAUUUGUCUAUGCAGGAAAUGAUUGUACACAUGCCAACCUUUUGAACACGGCUGAAGAUGGAGAAACGACUUAUAGCUCGUGCGAUGCAGACCAGCAUGCGGCAUGCUGCGACCCGGUCUUGACGGAGCUUGAAAAAACAAGCAACAUCGCUUGUGUUCUGCCGGAAUAA